AUGGACAGGUUAAUGUGGAAGCCAGGCUGGGUUGAGGCGCCCAACGACGAAUUCCAAGCUCGUUUACGAGCCGAGCUCGACAAGGAACCUGACAAGGGCUGGGUGGCCGAUGGAAACUACGAUCGUAGAGGAGGCUUAGUCGCUCUUGAAGAAUCGACUGAUAUAAUAUGGUUGGAUCCUCCCUUGGUUCUAUAUCUACCUCGCCUUAUCUGGAGAACAUUUUUGCGACUGUUUCGUCUGCGAGAGCCUUGCAGUGCAGGAUGCUUUGAGAGACCGACAGAAGUGUUCUUUUCCAAGGAAAGUAUAGUCUGGUGGUGCAUCAGCAAUCAUUGGAAAGUUCGCGCCCGAAACGAAGGAAGGAUGCGAGAGCUCGGCAUUGAAAACGGAACAUCACCUAGACGUAGGAUGCGACGUCUAGGUGGCUGGGGAGCCGAGCUCAAAAAAUGGUUGCAAGAAGUCGAACAGAUGAUACACUCGAAGCAAGAGUGA